AUGCCUGUGACGCCCUCACCUCAUCGAUUCCUAGCCACAAAGCGGCAGCCUUCGCCACCAAAGGCUGCUACGCCAUCGACAUCACGCCGCCAGGCUCACUCAGAUCGCGCAGCACCAGGUUCGGCUAGGACGCCACGAUACCAUCGACCAUCAGCAGCACCAGCGCAGUUUGCGCAUACGCCUCGAUUUGGAGUCGCCAAGGCAGGCCGCGCUACACCCUCCAGACAACACUCGCCACCAUUGUCCAGCCGAGCCCAGGCCUUACGAGCGGCGCUUCAGCCUGGAGAGGGUAUCGAAGAGGCAGCCGAGCAUGAUGCUCAAGAUGAUGAGAUGCUCGAUAACGAGCAAGUCGAAACAGUGCCGACCACAGAGCUUGCACACCAGCCGGCUGUCGAACAGGCGUGGACCAGCAACUUGACAUGUUCUCCCAAACGCCGCAGGCUAGAUGACCAUGGUCUAGGCGAUGGUUUUGAUAUUGCAACGGCAUCUCCAGCAAGGCCAACGUUCAAGCACCCCACAACGCCUGCUUCAGCCCUUGCUGCACGAUCCCAACAUUUCAGUCGCGCUGGAAGUGUAGCAAGUUCGAUCGGAGAUGACAAGACAUCUAUUCGUCGACCAGCUUUCCUUAGCUCGUCUGUGCAACCUCAAGAGCGUCACGAACCACUACCUGAAGCGUUCUCACCACACCGUCGUGGCGAGAAGUUCGUGCCUGGGGGCAUGGCAGCUACUAUGCAGCAAUGGGUGAUUGAGACAGGCCAAAGUGCAUUUCACAGCCGAAAGGGCCAAGGAUAUCUGAGAGGCGAAGACUAUGUGCUUCGCGUCAAAGUGCAGUCUGUUCGAGGGGGAUCGCCGCUGUUGGUAGAAGCAAGGCAGUCUGAUGGUACGAUGGACAAGCUACUACUCGUCGUGGAUGCGAAGAACGAGUCCAUUGAAGUGGAGAAAGGCAGUGUCGUCGGCAUCCGAGCACCGACUUGGGAUGUCGAGCUCGAUGGCCAGAGCUGGACCAUAGGCGUGGACUGGAAGCUUCUUCAGCAGUGA